AUGAUGGCGAUAACAUGCGACUGCCCUAUGAUGCAGCCGGGCCCCACGCUGGCGGCCACCUGCGGAGGAGGUGCCUUCAUGCUGUUCAUGGGCCUGCUCGAAGUAUUCCUGAGGAGUCAGUGCGAUCUUGAAGACCCUUGUGGAAGAGCACAGUACCGUCGUCACAUGGACUCAGUAUAUGACUUCAUAGUGGUGGGAGGAGGGUCAGCAGGUUCCGUGGUGGCAGCCCGACUGUCCGAGGUACCGGAGUGGAGAGUACUACUGCUGGAAGCUGGAUUUGACGAGCCGACUGGAGCUCAAGUGCCGUCAAUGUUCCUGAACUUCAUUGGGUCGAGCAUCGACUGGGGCUACCAGACGGAACCUGAGCCAGCUGCUUGUCUCGGAGAAACUGAUCGCAAGUGCUACUGGCCUAGAGGCAAGCAACUAGAAGCCAUAGUAGCACCACAGAAGCAAGGAGACGAUUACAAGUACUAUACGGUCAUUGCAAAACUGCCAAAAGAAGAAAUAAUACAGGUUAGUGACCUCAUUACUUGCCCACCGCCAAUAGAAAAGUACAAGGCUAUCAAAGAACGCCUAAUCAGUUGCUAUGAGGAAUCAGACCAACGUCAGCUCCAAAAAUUAUUGUCUGAAAUGGAUCUCGGCGACCAGAAACCAUCACAUCUUCUGCGCAAGAUGCGGACCCUGAGUAACGGAAAUAUCAGCGACGAAACCAUCAAACUUCUAUGGUUGAGGCUUCUGCCACCAUCAGUGACUUCGGUUCUAGCAGUCACAGAAGACAUAGAUGUGAACAAGAUGAGCCAGAUCGCGGACAAGAUAUUAAUAAAUUCAACACGUACAGAGGUGUCAGCUGUAAACGGAAACAAAUCUGGCGACGAUACAAUGUCAUGCAUACUAGCACAGGUCCUCGGAGGUACAUCAGUAAUGAACGGCAUGAUGUAUAUGCGAGGCUCCCGCAAGGACUACGACAGCUGGGCAGCAGCCGGCAACGAGGGCUGGUCCUAUGAAGAAGUACUGCCUUACUUCUUGAAGUCAGAAGACAACAAGCAGGUCAAGGAAAUGGAUCAAGGAUACCACGCCACUGGAGGACCGCUUACAGUCGCACAGUUCCCAUACCAUCCGCCUCUGAGUUACAGCUUGGUGAAAGCAGGAGAAGAAUUGGGAUACAAACAACGUGAUCUGAACGGUAUCCACCACACUGGCUUCUCAAUCGCCCAAACUACCAACCGCAAUGGCUCCCGGCUAAGUGUCGCCCGUGCCUUCUUGCGUCCAGCCAAGAACCGCCCCAACCUCCACGUCAUGCUGAACGCCACCGCCACUAGAGUACUUAUCAACCAGACCACCAGACAAGCUUAUGCUGUCGAAGUCAGGAACAGCUUUGGGGGCACCGAAGUUAUUUUUGCUAACAAUGAGAUUAUUUUGAGUGCUGGUGCAGUUGCCUCUCCUCAAAUCCUGCAGCUGAGCGGUGUUGGUGAUCCCAAAGUACUUUCCCGUGCUGGCGUGAAGCUAGUGCACAACCUGCCCGGCGUGGGCCGCAACCUGCAUAACCAUGUCGCUCACUUCCUGAACUUCCAAGUCAAUGACAACAACACCACUCCCCUCAACUGGGCCACUGCCAUGGAGUACCUGCUCUUCAGAGACGGACUUAUGUCAGGAACUGGAAUCUCUGAAGUAACCGCCUUCAUCAACACAAAGUACUCAGACCCUGCGGAAGACAACCCUGACAUCCAGCUGUUCUUCGGGGGCUUCCUGGCAGACUGCGCGAAAACUGGCAUGGUUGGAGAGAGGCUAGACAACGGCUCCAGGAGUAUUCAGAUCAUACCUACAGUAUUGCAUCCUAAGAGUAGAGGACGGUUGGAGAUCAGAUCUGCUGAUCCGUUUGAAUACCCCAAGAUCUAUGCCAAUUACCUAACUCAUCCAGAUGACGUGAAAACCUUAGUGGAGGGUAUCAAGUUCUCCCUCAAGUUAGCUGAAACUAAAGCCUUGAAGAGAUACGGAGUCAAAUUGGACAAGACCCCGGUAAAAGGAUGCGAGAAGUUCAAAUUCGGAUGUGAUGCAUACUGGGAGUGCGCUGUGAGGAUGCAGACCGCGCCUGAGAACCAUCAAGCAGGAUCCUGUAAGAUGGGACCGAGAGGAGAUCCUUCUGCUGUUGUUGAUAACCUGCUGCAGGUUCAAGGCAUAGACAGGUUACGAGUGGCAGAUGCAAGUGUGAUGCCGGCCGUGACGUCAGGCAACACCAACGCGCCCACCAUUAUGAUCGGAGAGCGAGUCUCAGACUUCAUCAAGCAGCGCUGGUUAGGAAUAACCAAUGUAAGUAUGAAAGGAGAUGAUACUGAAAACGAUAGAGCCCCGUACCCCGUCCCGCACGGCGGUCUGUCCAACGUACUACAGGCGAGCGACUCCCAGCCACAGCUGGCGUGGCAGCAGUGGGGUUGA